GAUGGGCGGGUACGCGUUCCGCAACGAGUGGUUGUUCUGGGUCUUUGAGGCCCUGCCAAUGUUGAUCGCCAUCGGGGUGUUUUGCGUCUGGCACCCGAGCGAGUAUCUCGGGAGGGACGAUGCGAAGGGGAGGUUUGCGAAGGGCGGCGAGGGGGUUCGGGAGGUGGAUGAGGCGGUAACCGAUCGGGAUACCCGUCGUCGACCGUAGGGGCCCGAUUUGAAGCGGUGUCUUGUCGCUUGGUUCAUGUGACCGAUGCUUGACCUUCGGGAUUCGUUCCUCG